GAGCGGAAACAGGCGGUGCUCUGUCUGACUGGGAAAUGUCAGCAGCUUGACUGGGGACGAGUUUUCCUUUCCCCGGAGCCUGCAGGCCUUCUAGUGACUGCUGCCGCCUUCGCCUGGGAGCGUGGUUGUUAGACGCUGGACGGCUGUGGCGGACGCGGAGUUCCCCGGUCUUUCCAGACGCUGUCUGGCGAGAACGGACGGAGUCUGUGUAUUGGAUGUGGUGAUUCAGGGAGACAAUAAAAAUACGAAGAAUAUACAUUAUUAUAUACAUUUGACAGAUAUGGUCCAGACUUGUACGUGAAUUACUUUGGUUAGUCAAAGUGAACAUUCAAUAAUGAGUGGUGCAGCUUUGGGACUCGAGAUUGUUUUUGUCUUUUUUCUGGCAUUAUUCCUUCUUCAUCGAUAUGGAGACUUUAAGAAACAGCAUAGACUUGUAAUUGUUGGGACACUGCUAGCUUGGUAUCUCUGCUUUCUUAUUGUCUUCAUUCUACCUCUGGAUGUUAGUACGACAAUAUACAACCGGUGCAAGCAUGCAGCUGCAAACUCAAGCCCUCCUGAAAAUAGCAACAUUACAGGAUUGUAUGCAACUGCUACUCCAGUUCCAAGCCAACAUCCAUGUUUUAAGCCAUGGAGUUACAUUCCUGAUGGAAUCAUGCCGAUAUUCUGGAGGGUAGUAUAUUGGACAUCACAGUUUUUAACAUGGAUUCUGUUACCUUUUAUGCAAUCAUAUGCAAGAUCAGGAGGGUUUUCCAUCACUGGAAAGAUAAAAACUGCACUUAUUGAGAAUGCAAUCUAUUAUGGCACCUAUUUGCUGAUUUUUGGAGCAUUUUUAAUUUAUGUAGCUGUAAACCCACGUUUGCACUUAGAAUGGAACCAACUUCAGACUAUUGGGAUAGCUGCUGCAAAUACCUGGGGUCUGUUUCUUCUUGUGUUGUUGUUAGGGUAUGGCCUAGUGGAAAUUCCUCGAUCGUACUGGAAUGGGGCAAAAAAAGGUUAUCUACUUAUGAAAACUUAUUUUAAGGCAGCCAAACUGAUGACAGAGAAAGCAGAUGCAGAAGAGACUUUAGAAGAUGUCAUGGAGGAGGUUCGUAAAGUGAAUGAAAGCAUCAAGUAUAACCACCCAUUGAGAAAAUGUGUUGAUACAAUACUUAAAAAGUGCCCUACAGAAUAUCAGGAAAAAAUGGGUAGGAACAUGGAUGAUUAUGAAGAUUUUGAUGAAAAGCAUAAUACUUACCCAAGUGAAAAGAGUCUGGUAAAACUACAUAAACAGGUGAUUUAUUCAGUUCAGAGACACCGUCGAACUCAAGUUCAAUGGCAGAUUCUUUUAGAACAAGCAUUUUAUCUAGAAGAUGUAGCAAAAAAUGAAACUAGUGCUACUCGUCAGUUUGUUCACACCUUUCAGUCACCAGAGCUAGAAAGUAGAUUUGUCCAAUAUUUUUAUAAUCCUACAUUUGAGUGGUACUGGGAAUGUCUUUUGCGACCAUGGUUUUACAGGAUACUAGCUGUGGUUUUGUCCAUCUUCUCUGUGAUUGUUGUGUGGUCAGAGUGCACAUUCUUCAGCACUACACCUGUCUUAUCCCUCUUUGCAGUAUUCAUACAGCUGGCCGAAAAAACAUACAAUUACAUUUACAUCGAGAUCGCUUGCUUCCUUUCCAUCUUCUUUCUAAGUAUCUGUGUUUAUUCCACUGUGUUCAGGAUUCGUGUAUUUAACUAUUAUUACUUGGCUUCACAUCACCAGACUGAUGCUUACAGCCUUCUUUUCAGUGGCAUGUUAUUUUGCCGUUUGACUCCUCCUUUAUGUCUUAAUUUCUUGGGUUUGACUCAUAUGGAUUCGUCCAUCUCUCACCAGAAUACACAGCCAACUGCUUAUACGUCUAUCAUGGGUUCCAUGAAAGUUUUGUCCUUUAUUGCAGAUGGAUUCUAUAUAUAUUAUCCUAUGUUGGUGGUAAUUCUCUGCAUUGCUACUUACUUUAGUUUGGGAACUCGUUGCUUGAAUCUACUUGGUUUCCAACAGUUCAUGGGAGAUAAUGAUAUGACAUCAGACUUAGUUGAUGAAGGAAAAGAAUUAAUUAGACGAGAGAAGAGAAAACGACAAAGGCAAGAAGAAGGUGAAAAUCGAAGAAGAGAAUGGAAAGAACGUUAUGGACACAGUAGAGAAGAUUCUACUAGAAACAGAAAUGUUCAUAUUGACUCAAAAGAGUCAAACUUCUCAGACAUUAGUAGCAACCGAUCAGCAUCCAAAUAUACCAGGGCUAAUAGUAGGACUGAAAGGGACCGAAUAGAACUCCUCCAAGAUGUAGAACCUUUGGAUUUUAAUGCAGAAACAUUCACUGAUGAUCCUCUUGAAUCUGAAUCAGGAAGAUCAUUUCUUUAUCCACCUUUCAGGUAUCAACCGGGUGGACGAUACCUCUCAAUGUCUUGCUCCAGAAUAUUUGAUGAUGUUUAAAGUCUGAAAGAAUUCAUGAAUAACUAACCAAGAUCAGCACAUCAGUCUUUGUGAACACAUGUAUGCCCUAGAAUUUACACUACUCUCAGUGAAAAGUGUCAAAACAAAAAAGGUCCUGAAAAUUAAUCACAUUUUAGUAAGAAGUUACUGUUGACUAGGGUAUCAUCUUUUCUAAUAGGAAUACUACAUACCAUUCCUGAAAUGUCUGCCUUAGAAGUACAGUUACAGUGGAAGGAUUUAAUUCAUGAUAAAGAUCAGUAUAUGUUGAGGACAUGUAGUUCAGUUUAUUUCAUAUUAAUAUUUUUUAGGAAAGUUUUGUUAAAGGUCCAUGAAAGUCCUAAGUCAUAACUAAAUAAUAUACAAUUUUAUUACUGUGAUUUACAUUUUUGCUGUUUCUAAAUAUGUUAAUCCAGUAUUUCCCAAA